CAAGCACAAGGGGGCCCUGGGCGCGCCGACCAUUUUGGCUCCAACCGCGCCCAUGGAUUCCUGCCUCGGCGGCUCAUCGCGCCGUGCUUGUGGCACCUGGGUGAGAACGUAAGCAAUUCUACAGGGUGGCAAAGAUCGAGGCAAAUUUCUCCAAUGGAAGCUACGGGACGCGCCCGCGAGGGGCGCAAUACGGUGAAUGGGGAGCACGACAGACCGGAAGAUGCGCAGACAGCACGCAAGGAUCUCAGCAGAUAACCUCAUUAGGCGCUUGUAUACAGAGAUUGCGACAUUGAAGUGGAAGAUAGACAGUUAUGAUGCUUGGUACUGGUCUUGGGCGAAGGCGAAGCACGAACCCAAUGUCAUCAGCUACAACGACAAGGAGUCUUGUACGGUGGCAGUGGCGGAGGCGAAGCACGAGCCCAACGCCAUCAGCUACAACGGCGACGAUCCUGCGAAGUCUUGUACGGCGGUGGUUGGGGACGCAAAGCACGAGCCCAAUGUCAUCAGCUGCAACGACGUGAAGUCUUGCACGGUGGCAACGGCGGAGGCGAAGCACGAGCCCAAUGCCAUCAGCUACAACGACGACGUCGGUCCCGCGCAGUUUUGUACGGCGCUAGUGGCGGAGGCGAAGCACAAGCCCAAUGUCAUCAGCUACAACGACAUGGAGUCUUGUACGUUGGCAAGGGCGGAGGCGAAGCACGAGCCCAACGCCAUCAGCUACAGAGACGAGAGCGGGAGGAGUGCUGCGACGACCAAGCCUAACGUCGACAGCUGCAGACCCGAGAAUGGAGCACAGGUGAAGAUGGAGCCAGAUGACUUCUACCCUAGCUACAGCUCAGGGAUCAGCGCGUGUGAGAGAGGCGGGACGAUUGAGCCAUUUACGUCUCACACUAGUCGCUCUACCCCUAGUCUAGGCCCAGGGGGCAGUUCGUAUGGCUACAGUGCCGCCAUCGGGCCUCGCAGAAUGCAGCAGGUGAAGUUAGAGCCCAAUAUUGCUAGCUACCGUGAUGCUAUCUCUCAGGAGCUCAGAGAGAUCAGUGGAACUCCAGGCGCCCCUUUUUUGCCCAGCGGUUCGGCGGUGAUCGACUGGGGCGCCAUCAAGAAUUCAGAUCAAGACCGCAAGCAAAUGUGAGGAGACUGUGAGAACAAUUUCGUGCCGCGCGUGAUAAAUUCCGUGCCACUCGUGAUGGAUGUCCUGAACUGCGGCUUCAAGUCCAGGGAAUUUUUAGAGAAAUAUUGCACAUUGACUUUCUCAUAUGAUCAUGCUCAUGCUC